CACUUCAUUCCUUGCUUGGCGCUUCUACGAGUCGGUCGACAAGUUUCCCGGUCUCAUCGCACGGCACUUUUGCAGUGAUUAAUUUCGAUCUUUUCCCCACCAACCGUGUGGGUUUUUUGGUCCGGUUAUUAAGCAGUGUUUCAGUAGUGCAAAUUGUGCUUAGGCGAUUGCGCUUGCGAAGGAAGCGAGCUAAAUAUUUAGCAUCGUGCCACAGUGAUUAAAAGAUCGCCAUCAGUAUAAACGGCGUUCUAUUUUGUUCGCAUCAAAAGCAUUCAAGCAGAAGUCAACCCGUUUUGGCUUCUACCUACAUACAGUGCGGACGGUCUGCUGCUACAGUCAACACGAACAAUAAAGGAUAAGUAGCAAUCUUUCCAUUAUCUCCACACCCCUUUGAAUUGCCUUUGCGUUUCGAACCGAGUUUUGAUUUCAAGGUUGUUGUUCAUUUCGGUUCUGUCUCUCUCCCAAUAGGGUGAACCAAAAAGUGUACUCUAAUAAAUCCACGGUUUUUUUAUAUUAUUUUUUUUUUCUUCGGUGGCGUAUAGAGUGUGAGUCCAAAUAAAGAUCACUCUUGGACCGUUGUUGUUAUUGCUUGUAUUUUCCCUUUGUAAAUCAAAUUGAACUUCCGCGGUUGAAUUAUUUUACCGCAUGGACGAAUCUAAUGGAGGCGAAACGCCUCCCAAUGAUAUCAUUGCUCGUACGAGGUUUUAUCAGCCAUCUUCGCCUGGGCCUUGGGUUGUCUAUUUCCGGCGCAAAUGCAAACCAUUGAAUAUGCUUUCGAUUUCUCGAGAGCUGACGCGUAAGUAUCCUGGGACCGUUAUUCACCAAGUGAAAGCAUCCAAGCUGCGUGUUACCGCACCUAGCUACAAAGCAGCAAAUGAAAUUGCUCAACACGAAGCGUUUACUGUUGAAUACGCCGUCUAUGUGCCAGCACGAGAAGUGGAGGUGGAGGGGAAGAUCCUCGACGAAAUGCUGACAUGUGAGGACAUCAAGACCGGCUUUGGUCGAUUCAAAAAUAGGUCAAUUCCUGAUGUGGCUAUCCUAGACUGUAAACGCUUAUCUACGGUUUCCAUGGAAGGAAAUAACAAGGUGUACUCGCCUUCAGCGUUUUUUCGAGUGACUUUUCCAGGUUCCGUCCUCCCGGAAUUUGUUGUAAUCGAUGGUGGUUUUUACCCAGUGCGUCUUUUUAGGCCGAAGGUUUUUAAUUGUACCAAAUGCAAGCAGUUUGGUCACAGUGAUAGUUUUUGCGACAACAAGCCCCGUUGUGGCAAAUGCAACCAAGCUCAUUUGGAGGACUCUUGCACACAGGAAGCGGAAAAAUGCAGCUACUGUGGCGGAGAUCCGCACGACUUGCACGUUUGCCCAGCUUACAAAAGGCGCACUCGAAAUGAGAGUCGCUCUAUCAUUAGGCGCUCCAAACAGACCUAUGCGGAGAUGGUGAAAUCUUUUAAAACACCAGAUUCCGUGUCUGAAUCAGCUGUCCCAGUUGGAAAUCCCUUUCAAGAGUUGUCUUCUGAUGAUCAGGACGAUGACGAAACUCAUGAGGGUGGAUCUUCUUCGGAGGUACACGCACCUGGAAAAAGGAAGUCAUCAUCUUCCCCAGGACUGCGCCGAAAGGUCUUUUUAAAAUCUACCCUCAAAAGUUUGCCUAAUACGAAAGGAGGCGGAGUAAAUUUGAAAAUUCCGAAGAAACAGGUCCCUGAUUGCUCAGUUCCAUGCUGUAGUAAAGACCUAGUGACCCCGCCUCCAACUGUUAAAUACACUUCAAAAAGAAGCCUUCAACAAGGUAGCAAGAAAAAAGCUACAAAAGCUCCUCGAACUCCAACUAAACCCUCCAAGCCCAAACGAGGACUGCUUACUUUCAGGGCUCUUGUGGAUCGCUUAUAUGAUGCCCUCGGUCUUUCUGACUCCUUCAGAGGCAUACUUGACAUUUUUCUCCCAGCAGUAGAAGAGUAUCUUCGGAAUCUGACUAUUUCAUGGCCCCUCCUUGCUGCGAUCAUAUCUUUCGAUGGAUAAUUUAUCAAGUGAGGUUCAAGAUAUGAUCACUGUGCUACAGUGGAACUGUCAUAGUUUAAAACCUAAAUUAGACCUGUUUAAAUAUUUGAUUCACAGCUCUGAUUGUGAUAUAUUUGCACUUUGUGAAACAUGGCUUUCUUCUGAAGAUGAACUCAACUUCCACGAUUUUAACAUUAUACGCCAGGAUCGAGAUGACCAUUAUGGGGGAGUACUCUUGGGGAUCAAAAAAGGCUACUCAUUUUAUAGCAUUCCAAUCCCGACUCAACCUGGAGUAGAAAUUGUCGCUUGCCAAAUAAACGUAAAAGGUAAAGAUCUUUGCGUAGCUUCCGUUUACAUUCCUCCAAGAAUUUCAAUUAGCCGCCGUCAUCUUUGGAAUGCAGUUUCUGCACUAUCACAUCCAGUUCUAAUUCUGGGUGAUAUGAAUUCACGUGGUACUGGGUGGGGCGAGCCAUAUGACGAUCGCAGAGCGGCUAUUUUCUAUGAUUUGUGCGACGAUUUCACUUUGAACGUUUUGAAUACAGGUGAAGUGACACGCAUUGCAUCCGACGGUAGAGAAAGUCGGCUUGACCUUUCUUUGGGAUCAAGUUCACUAUCAUUCGAUUGCUCGUGGAAGGUGAUCGAAGAUCCUCAUGGUAGUGAUCACUUGCCCAUUAUAACCACCAUAAAACAUAAUUGCGAAAGGUCAGACGAGCCAAUUCAGGUUCCUUUUGACCUCACUAGGAAUAUCGAUUGGCAAAAGUAUGCAGAAGCGGUAUCUUUUGGAGUUGAAUCAUCCAAUCCUCUCCCACCUUUGGAUGAGUAUCGAUUCCUGUCUGAACUGAUUUACAGAAGUGCAUUAGAAUCACAAAAACGACGCGUUCCAAGUGCAACCUUCAAAAGAAGACCAGCCACACUUGGCUGGGAUGAUGAUUGCACUCAAUUGUAUCUUAAAAAAUCUGAUGCCUUCAAAGCUUUUCGUAGGCAUGGCACCUCGGAUCUUUAUCAAGAAUACGAAAAACUUGAAAGACAACUGAGGAACUUGCUAAAAGCGAAAAAGCGUAGUUAUUGGCGACACUUCAUUGAGGGUCUCUCAAGAGAAACUUCGAUGACAACGCUUUGGAGAGUGGCUCGCAACAUGCGAAACCGCUCAUCUUCUAAUGAGAGUGACGAAUACUCCAACCGUUGGAUAUUCAGUUUCGCGAAAAAAGUCUGCCCAGACUCAGUCCCAGCACGACCAAUUUCUUGGGAAUCAAUCUCAAGAGACGGUUCUCUGGACAGACCAUUCUCAAUGCUGGAAUUUUCUAUAGCUCUUCUUUCAUCAAACAAUUCUUCUCCGGGACGCGAUAUGAUAAAGUUCAAUCUUCUUAAGAAUCUCCCAGAUAUCGCAAAAAGACGAUUACUAGACCUGUUCAACUCAUUCAUGGAGGACAACAUCGUUCCGCAUGAAUGGAGACAGGUCAAAGUAAUAGCUAUUCAAAAGCCUGGUAAACCAGCGUCUGAUCAUAAUUCAUACCGCCCAAUUGCUAUGUUAUCAUGUUUAAGGAAAUUGUUGGAAAAAAUGAUCCUAUCGCGACUCGACCAUUGGGUUGAAUCGAAUAACUUGCUUUCAAAUACACAAUUCGGGUUCCGCAAGGGCAAAGGAACAAACGAUUGUCUAGCGUUGCUUUCAACAGAUAUUCAACUGGCCUUUGCGGAAAAGGAGCAAUUGGCUUCAGUUUUCUUGGAUAUUAAGGGCGCUUUUGAUUCAGUUUCCAUAGAAAUAUUGUCAGAAAAACUGCACAAUAGUGGACUACCCGGACUUUUAAACAAUUUCUUGUAUAAUUUGUUGUCAGAAAAACAUAUGAGCUUCAAUCUCGGACAACUGACAACUUCCAGAAUUAGUUACAUGGGCCUACCCCAAGGCUCAUGUUUAAGUCCCUUGCUUUAUAAUUUUUACGUGAAAGACAUUGAUAGCUGUCUGGAAGGACAAUGCACGCUAAGACAACUUGCAGAUGAUGCUGUGGUUUCUCUAAAAGGCCCACAUGCAGAAAUGUUGCAAAGACCAUUGCAAAGCUCCUUAAACAAUCUGUCCAUUUGGGCAAGAGAUUUGGGGAUCGAGUUUGCUCCGCAAAAAACUCAAUUGGUUGUGUUUUCCAGAAAGCGGAACCCAGCCCAACUGAAACUCAAUCUUUUGGGAAUAGAAAUCGACCAAUCUUUGACUUCGAAAUACCUUGGGGUCUGGUUUGAUUCAAAAGGCACUUGGGGUACCCAAACUAAGUAUUUGGUGCAAAAAUGUCAGCAAAGGAUCAAUUUUCUACGCACAAUUACCGGAACAUGGUGGGGUGCUCACCCGGAAGACCUCAUAAAACUUUACAAAACGACUAUUCUCUCGGUUCUCGAGUAUGGCUCUUUCUGUUUCCACUCAGCAGCAAACUGCCACCUAAUAAAAUUGGAACGAAUUCAAUAUCGUUGUCUGCGCAUUGCCCUCGGCUGCAUGCACUCAACGCAUAAUGCGAGCCUAGAGGUCCUGGCAGGGGUGAAACCUCUCCAGAACCGCUUCUGGGAGCUCUCGCUAAGGUUACUUAUCAAGUGUGGAGUGAGCAACACACUUGUUAUCGAAAACUUCGAAGAAAUGCUCAAUCUGAACACUCAGUCAAAAUUCAUGAGAAUCUAUCUUUUCUACAUGUCAUCUGAUAUAAGCCUCGCAGGUUAUAAUCCUCCUCGUGUACACUUCACCAAUGACAGUUCCUCUGUUAAAUACGAUCUGUCCAUGAAAGAAGCUAUUCUUGGAAUACCAGAUCAACUUCGGUGUAUAUCUAUUCCUCGCAUUUUUAAUGAAAAGUACCAAAAUGUCAAUUCCUGCAAGAGAUUUUUCACAGAUGGGUCUCGCAUUAAUGGAUCCACUGGCUUCGGUGUCUUCAACGAAAACUCCACUGCCUUCCGUAAACUUCAGGAACCUUGUUCGGUUUAUGUUGCUGAGCUGGCAGCAAUCAACUUCGCUUUGGGGAUGAUUUCCAACAUGCCCGUAGACCAUUUCUUCAUCUUCUCGGAUAGCCUUAGUUCGAUUGAGGCACUCCGGUCGAUGAAACCUGUAAAACAUCCAUCUUACUUUCUUACAAAAAUAAGGGAGCAGAUGGGUGCACUGGUCGAAAGAUCCUACAAGAUUACCUUUGUAUGGGUCCCCUCACAUUGCUUAAUUUAUGGCAAUGAGAAGGCGGACUCUCUCGCAAAGGUGGGCGCUCAGGAAGGCGAGAUCUAUGAUAGAAGAAUCGCACAUGAUGAAUUUUUCCAAUUUGUUCGUCAGAGUUGUCUUCAAAGUUGGCAAAAUGAUUGGCGAGAUGGCCAGCUGGGACGGUGGUUACAUUCCAUUAUUCCUAAUGUUUCUUUGCGAGCGUGGUGGCAUGGUUUGGAUGUAAGUCGAAAUUUCAUUCGUGUGAUGUCAAGACUUAUGUCCAACCAUUACUCGCUAGACGCGCAUUUACACAGGAUAAACCUCGCGUUGAGCAAUGUUUGUACUAAGUGCGGUUCCGGUUAUGACGACAUCGACCACGUAGUUUGGCAAUGCCCGGAUAAUGACGCCUCCAGAGCGCUACUAUUGGAUACCCUUGAGGCCCGAGGUAGACAACCCUUUGCUCCAGUAAGAGAUGUGUUGGGAACCCGCGAUCUAAUCUAUAUGCGGUCCAUUUAUGAGUUUCUUCGCAUGUGUUGUAUAAAGGUUUAAUCUCCCUGUGUUUUUUUUUUCGCUUCAGUUUUUUUUUCUCUGUGUUUUGUCCUUUUGUGUUUUGUUCCUGGCCAUCCGGCAGAUGAGAAUCCGUGACAAGCCCAUGCCACCACCAGAGGCGAUACCGAAACCAACAAACUAAGAUACCUCCCGGAUGUGCUACAACGAACCCUGAAACCUUAUCCUCACCAUGCCUUUCCUCAAAAUGAUGUGACCCGCUAACCUCGAGCAGCCACGAGUACCCUGGCCUCCUCCCAGUACUAACAUACUUAAGAAAGCAAUAAGUUGUAUGUAAUUAUAUACAAAAAAUGAAUUUCGGCUCCGUGAAGCGUUACACGCGAUUGAGCCAUAAAUAAACGAACUAGAUAAAAAAAAAAAAAAU